UUGUCACCUGAGCAGCUUUUAAAACUGGAGAAAGAGGAAAAGUCAGUAUCAGUCAAACAGUUCUGCUCGAGGCUCACAACACCGCUUCAACAUGAGGACCCUUCCUGUCACUUUUCUCUUGCUGCUGUUUGCCUUGACCACAUAUACAUGGGCUGAUACAGGAAGGAUAAGACAGAAACGUGCAUGGAUCAUCGAUUCUUUUUCUAUUGAAGAAGAAAAUCCUGGACCGUUUCCAUAUAAACUCGGAAAUAUUGAACUCGAUAGGAAAUAUUUAGUGAAUUUCGCCCUUUACGGGGAGGGUGUGACUGAAGAACCGAAAGGUGUUCUUAGCAUUAAUGACCAAACCGGUGAAAUUUGUGUACAUAAAAAAGUGGAUUACGAAUCCAUAGCAGACAGUUCUAAAGCUCUCAAACUCCAUUUUGAAGCCGUAAAUAGAUCUAACAAUGAAGUGGACACAAGGCUUGGAGUUGAGAUCAAGGUAUUGGACAUAAAUGACAAUCCCCCCAUAUUUCAACAAUCAAACUAUGACGUCACGCUGGAAGAGUCACAUGCCCAAGGUGACAAGAUUUUGACUGUGUUGGCAUCUGAUAAAGACGAUAUAACAACUCUUAACGGAACCUUUUCUUUUGCAAUCAAGUCUGUCAUACCAAAAACAGACAAUGUUGAGUUUUAUAUAAAACAGAGUGACAGAGUAGCGACAAUUUAUUUUAAAGGGUGUUUGGAUUAUGAGAAAUCUCCAAAAUAUACAAUUCUGCUUGAAGCAAAGGACCACGGAGAAAAGAAACAGCUCUCAAGCACAAGUACAGUGACAGUCAAGAUUUCUGACAAUAACAACCACAUUCCAGAGUUCACCGGCCAAACAGGCAGUGGGAAAGUAAAGGAGAGAGACAUUGGGACUGAAGUUUUGAGAUUUCAAGUAACAGAUAAAGACACACGUGGCACAAAUGCCUGGAAAGCUAAAUACAUAAUCCACGGAGAUACCAAACAUAUAUUUAAAAUUGAAACAGAUCCAACUACAAAUGAAGGGAUUUUAACUGUUGUGAAGGCAAUGGACUAUGAGGAGCAGGCAUACCAAAAUGUGUCCAUCAGUGUGCAGAAUGAGGCUCCUUACUUUUCAUGUACAAUUAAAAACCGUCCAGAUAACUCUAUGUGGGAAGUCAACAGAUUUUUUGAAACCCCCAAGAGUAAUCCAAAACUCUACAAGUUCAUCCCUGUGACGAUUUAUGUUGAAGAUGUCAACGACCCUCCAGUAUUUACACCACCUGUAACAGAUGUUAACAUACGGGAAAACACAGAUGUGGGAACUUUUGUGACAACAGUAACUGCUGUUGAUUCGGAUGGAGCUCAUGGAAACACAAUAAGAUAUGUCAAGGGGCAAGAUGACUCUAAUUGGAUAACUGUUGAUGAAAGGACUGGAAAAAUAUCCGUAGCAAAACUUAUGGAUAGAGAAUCUCUGGAAAACAGUACUUACACAGCAAUCGUGUUUGCAGUGGAUAAUGGUGAACCACCACUGACUGGCACAAGCACUGUGCGUAUUCACUUGCAAGACCUAAAUGAUAAUGUGCCACUGUUGACUGUGAAUCACGUCAAUUUGUGCUUGGACAAAGAGCCCACAAGAGUCAACAUCACAGCUGUAGACCUGGACCUUCCUCCAUACAGUUCACCUUUCUACUACGAGCUGUUAGGAGAUGUUAAGGGGAAAUGGAGGAUUGAUCCAGCUCAAGGCACGACUGUGGAUCUUGUAAAAGAAAGCAAUGUAUAUUCCGGUCAUCAUUUCCUCCAGAUAAGAAUCGCAGACCAGCAGGGAUUUUCCACCAUGCAGAAUCUGUCAGUCACCGUGUGUAACUGCGCUAGAGAUUCCAGUUGUCAUGAAAGGAUGGUGUCUAAGGCUCGAAUGGGCAGUGGGGGAACCUGGGCCUUGAUUCUUGCAGUUCUACUUCUCGCAGUAAUUCUCUUAAUGGCAUUUUUGAUGACAUGCAAGGCACCAAAAAAUAUGAUUCCAUUAGAUAAUGGCUUUGGUCGUCUGAUCACAACCAACACUGAAAUACCAGGAACAGAUUGCAUGGUUCCUUUCAAUGGAAACGAUGAAACACACUCUCAUAGAGAAACCAAGGUUCCUACGAUCAUAAUUAAUGGGGUGCAGGAUGUUGCACAAGUCCCGAACUCAAUCUCCUCUGACCAUUUGAUUCAAACGUCACUAUAUGGAAGUUAUACAAGACAUUUAAGCAGGGAUAUCAUAAAUUAUCAGAGAUCAAGCAUUAGGUCAUCCACAUCUUACAGUAGGAUCACCAUCAUGAGGCAAAAACUCUUCAGUCUCAUCAACCAGCGACUUCUUGUUCUUCAAACCUGUGAUGAGGACCGUGAUGCUUAUAAACCGCACUGUUAUGCACAUGAAGGAGAAUUUAUUGCCAAUGCUGAUCUGGAUACAAUCUCCAUCGCUGAGACGGACUUUCUUCCAGAAUCACUUAAUUAUCUAGACUACAAAUUCAGUAAACUAGCAACAAUUUGCAGUCCUCCCCCGAUGAAAACGUGACAACUUUAUCAGAAAGUAUAGCAGGUUUAUUCAAUGCAAAACUGAUAUGUUAUGAGCACGUGAAGUUAAAGAGUGAUAUAUAACAGUGAAUGAUCUGGGAUGUCGGGAUAUGAAAUAUGGGAUAAGGGUCUUUCUACUGAUAGUGUUACAGUUCAGAGUUUAUGAAUCUGUGUUAAUAAUAACUAGUUGUACACAUGUAUUAUUUGCUGUAAAUAGAAGAACACGAGCUUUCACAACUGUAAACAUGAAUUGGGAGGGUGCUUUUAUUCCAAGUGACUCACAGUUUAUUGAUUUCAAAGAAGACACGUUAUCAGUUUGUGUUUUCCUAGUAAGCGAACCUAUGACCUCCAACAUUUCUGACUUUUUCAACUCAAUAAUGUCUCUAAAAUUAUUUCAGAUGUUCCAUUAGCUUAGUCAACAAAUUCAUGUCCAUUGCACUGCACACGGGAAAGCUUAUACAGAAACAUUAUUUACAACACUGGUAACAGACAAUUGCACUCAUCAACCAUAUGAGGCAUCCGUUAGCAAAUGUUCCACAGUGUUGUUUUAAGGUCCACUGAUGAUUGGUAAAAUUAAGUUUGAGUUUUGUUUUGGACAUGUUCAUUUAAAAGAGUGAUACAUUUUGUACCACAGACACAAGCUUCAUUUGCCCACAGGGCUCAUUUUGUUUACAUUAUGCCUGGAAUCUAGGUUUGGGCUUUUGGAUUGAAGUCAAUAUAGUGUUGACUUAAGAAGCAUCUAGUAUAAUGCUUGAAAAAACAUUAAAGUGCGUGUGUAUUGUCGCUUCGGGGAGCAAUGAAAUAUGUAUCCAUUUUUGAAUCUUUCUUUCUUUGUUGAACUGUGAAUGUUUCAGAGUUAUUUGUAUAUGUGAAUGGGCUAUUGAAAAAGAAGACUCAAUAAUAAAAUCCAGUAUUCGUUUUAA